GGGAUGUGUGUGUGGGGGGGGACUAAGCGCGCACGCAACCUCUAUUAACCGGACGUUGGGGAUCACGUGGUGCAGAGGGAGCCCGGCGUGACUCUAAACGCUUCAUUCCAAUAAAGCCGCUCAAACAGCGCGCACGAGCUGGGCCACGCUUGUGCGACAACUCUGCGGCUGCGCUUUAAAACAGAUUGUAGGCUAACUGCUACAGCGCCCCGUUGUUCUCGCUGAGGAUGUUGGCUACAAAAGGAGGCAGCCAGUGGCGCACAAGUCCCGCCUGUAUUUCCCUCUGGAGGAGUCUCGGUAUCGGCGCCCCCGACUGGGGAUUGGAGCGGCGACUUGUCAGUAAAUUAGCCCACCCUUCACAGUGUUUGUGAGGGAAACCGAGACAGUGACGGUCUGAUCCCUCGCUUAUCAGCUGCCUGUCACACCAGCACGCUAAGACACCGACCCGCAGCCAUCCGCCGCGCUGUGACACCUGGCCGGUAUGGAGGGAGAGAUGCAGCCCGCAGAUGAAGGGCCGUGCGCCCCGAAGAUGUGCCGACAGCAGCGGGGUCCGUACAGCACCCUAAAAACCUUCCAGAGCAAGCGCUCUGCGGAGAACCGUCUCAUCUUAGAUGCCUUCGCCCAGCAGUGCAGCCGAGUCCUCAGCCUCCUCAACAACGGGCGUCUCCUGGAGCCCUCCUCCUCCUCCUCCAUCACCUCUAACAUUAAGCUGGAAGACGGGCCAGGGGACACUCAGGGGCUUCAUUGCUCCUCACAGGGGAAGUCUAAAUCCGAGGAGAGCUCUUCCACCACAGACCCUGAGGAGGAGGCUCAACAAAGCCAUUUGAACCAACAACAGACCUCUGCAGUUCUCCGCAUCUUCACAGACUCCCUGCAGAACUAUCUGCUCUCAGGACCUCAACAACAGCACCAGCAGCAGCAACAUCUGUCUGCUAGUCUGGAGGACGAGCAGUGCCCAGCACCUGAGUCUGGUUCAGGAGUGUCUCCUCCAAGACACAACCUGGGAGGAUGGGGCUCCCCGACUCCAUCAGAAUCAUACGGCCACCCCUCGUCCACACUGCCUGAGGAGGAGGAGGAGGAGGAGAACUGCUGUCCUCGCUGCCUGGAAUUAGAGCAGGAGGUGUUGUCUCUGCAGCAGGAGAACGAGGAGCUCCGCAACAAGUUGGAGAACAUCCCAGUUCCCUGUCAAAAUGUUCUUGACUACUUCAAGACUGUUCUCGAGUUCCACAACCAGCUGGCCCAGCCGAUGCCAGAGGAGCAGCUCACAGAGGUGAGGAAGCAGCCCCCUCUUCAUUAUUCAGAGCAGAUGUCAUCAGUAGCAUAUCUUAAGGAAGAAGAGCGGCAAACAGUCUUUGAGGGCAGUAAACAGCUCCUGGAGAACUAUCCGCUCUUCAUCACGAAUAAGCAGUGGGACGAAGCUGUCAACUCCUCUAAGAAAGAUGGCAGACGGCUGCUGCGCUAUCUGAUUCGCUAUGUCUUCACCACAGAUGAGCUCAAGUUCUCCUGUGGUUUAGGCAAAAGGAAGCGGUCAGUCCACUCAGGAGAGGCAGGCCUGGAAAGACGACCGCUCAACCCUGUUAAAGUCAGCUGCCUCAGAGAGUUUAUCCGGAUGCACUGUGCUUCAAACCCCGACUGGUGGAUGCCCUCUGAGGAGCAGAUCAACAAAGUGUUCAGCGAUGCCGUCGGUCACGCUCGUCAGGGCCGAGCAGUCGGCACCUUUUUGGGCAGCAGCGGCAGCAGCACCAGCAGCCUGUACAUGGACGGCUUUGACGGACAUCUUUCACAGGAUGAACUGUAUUUAAAAAGCUGCCAGAACGGUCAGUCGGAUUGAAGUUUAAGGAGAAGUUAAAGACAAAUGCCUGAAAUGUAGCUGUACAACAACAUAUCCCAAAACUCUGACCUUAUCCUGUCACUUUACACAGUGAAGAAAACAUUCCAGAAGACGUUUAACAUAUAGACUACAGUCCUCCUUUUCAAAUAGUUUUAUAGUUUUCCCCAUUUUUAUACCUAAACCCUUUGUUUAGUGAAAAUUGGACUCUUGGAGGUUUUAAAUUGAACAGGUUGAGUCUUCCAUAUGCUCCUUUUUUAAAGUUUGAGCAGUUACAUCACUGCCAGUGGAAAGAAGUCACUUCAAGGAGGCUGAUUUCUUUUUCUUUUCUUUGUUUUUACUUGUUUUUUUACAAUCUACAUGUGCAUUUAGACUUCAUAUGGAAGUUAUUUAUGUUAAUGACCCAGUUAGAGACUUGUAUGUAUGUACCAUUGACACCACUUAUAAACUUUACCAUGGAAAGUAGCACUUAAUAUAUAUUUUUUGUCACUGGUGAAGCACCUUUACUUGCAGCCCUUCAACAGGAGUGCCUCUGAGAAAAUCAUGUUUUGUUAUUUGUAGUU